GACAGAAUGUACACGCUGGCUAAUAGAGGUCUCUGGCAUGGCGCUUACUCGCGCAAGCGCGGCGCUAGUAAUCGAACACUAUUUACGAUGUCCAAAAUGGCUGUCAACGACAGGCGACAACAGGAAGCCUACGAACAUAUCAAAGCUGCGGAAAAAUGCAUGAAGACCGGGCUGUUCAAGUGGAGGCCAGAUUUUGAUGGCGCUGCAGCAGAAUACUCAAAAGCAGCUGUUUGUUUCAAGAAUGUCAAACUCACCGACAAGGCUAUUGAUGCCUACAUGAAGGCUGCAGAAAUGCAACGAGAGAAUAAGUCAUACUUCCAUGCUGGGAAGUCUUUAGAGGCUGCAGCCAUCAUCUACAAAGACAUGAAAAACAUGGACAAGGCUGCUGAGUUAUUUGACCAAGCUGGAACACUCUACCACGAGUCUGGGACCCCCGACACUGCUGGGUUAGCAAUGGAAAAAAUAGCGAAGAUCCUUGAGCAGUCACACCCAGAUAGAGCAAUAUAUUUCUACUCCAGAGCAGCAGACAUUGCUGAGCUGGAAGACAAACACAGACAAGCCGCUGAAUCAGUAGGAAAGAUCGCGCGGUUGCAUUUGAGGCUGCGGCGGUACGACGAAGCGCUAGAGGCAUUGAAAAAAGAGAUUUCACUGAUGGCAGAAUCAGAAAACUACCCUCAGACUCACAAACUGGUCGUGGCAAUGGUCAUGGUUCAUCUCAUACGGAGUGAUUUUGUUGCAGCGGAUAAGGUUUUUAACAGUGCAGCAACGUACCCUGGAUUUGAGGACAGUGAUGAGGCCUAUGCUACUCGAGAGUUAUUAGAUGCAUUUGAUAAUGAGGACCCAGAGACCAUGACUGAGAUUCUCAAUAAGCCACUUUUCAAAUACAUGGAAAAUGAGUUCACCAAGCUGGCGCGAGCCCUCAGAAUACCAUCGGGAGGCAAUGUGCAUUUAGGUGCUGGACCCGGUGCAAAGGUGGUCACAACACCCGAUGACGAGGAUGACGAGUGUGAUCUAAAAUAAUGCAAGACAUAUCCAAUAUAUAACCUGAAAUAGCAUAGCAUCAAAAUAUGGACGUAUGACAGCACACAUUGUUGACAAAUGUGUGUGAUCCUCCAUCAUUGGAUGUCAAAAGUUAUUCUGGGUUGAUCCCCCACUCCAACAAUGUCAACUUUGUGUUUCGAACAAUUUGGGACCUCUUCUGUUGAUGCCAGCCAGUUGUUGGCUGUGAAUUUUAGCAGAUGGAGGUACAGAAAUCUUGGGGGCUCCCCCUUUCAGUAACAUUGAUUCAUAGUGGAACAUAGUGCAUGGAAAUAUGUUGGUCAAAGUUGUUGUAUAUUUGUUAAGUUUCUGAAAGAUACAAACUUCCUUGAAUGUGUGCUUACAUAUGUGUUGUACCCAAGGCCUUCACUGGAAGCUUUAUAUUACACAGUCAUAUAAGUUAGGUAUUGGUAGAUAAUGUAUAGCAAAGUUCUAGUAAGUUAAUGGUUGGAGACAUUGAUUUCUCAAGGUGCCCCUUACGCAAACAUGAAUCUAUGCAAAAUAGAAACACAUUUCUCUAUUUGUGAAAUGCUGUCCUGGAAAAAUGUUUGCAUACACAUUGUGAUAUGCAUUCCAUAGUCCACAGUAUUGUUGCACUCAGACAAGUUCACAAACAGGUGUUAAAUUCUUCUGAAAUACAUGUAUGUUGUAUAGCGUUAGUUUGAGCUGUAAAUUUAAAGUGUACCAUGUAGUGCAUCUUUUUCAGGGCCCAUAUUCAAAAAUGUUAGAAGAGUUUUUUUUCUUAUGCAUGUUGUACAAUUAGUACUAGUUUACAUGUAGAAUAGAGAAGAAUUUCUCUUGUAACCUAGGGAUUGGACUACAUGUAUGCAGUCUAUGUUGGUGUGAUGAUUGUGCAGUUCAGUUUAUUAUUUGAUCAAGAUAGGUUAGUUAAUAUUUUAAAGGAGGAGAAACGUUAGUAGUAGCUUGGGCAGUACUUCUGUAAAGUGAUUCAGUUCCUGUGAAGGGUCAGCUAUGUUCCGAUAUACAUUCAUAGAUUCAUACAAGGCCCAGAUAUGUACAUAUAAAAGAUUAUGGACUCCAAAGAGCUCCUGUGUAGGGUUGUCACUGCAGAAUGAUCUGCAUCUCGGAACAGUUGAAAGGAUAAUGAGUCCAUGUUCGCUACAUCCAAGAACUGUCCUCUGUAAUAAACUUCCUCAGUGCCGGCCCUGCAUUAUCGUGAAGCACCUUUGCUUUAAAUUGACUGUCUUGGGUCAUUACAAUAUAUUGUUUAGCGGUGAGAAGGUGUCGGGGUAUAUGUAGAUUUUCUUGUAUCGCGUGUAAAUAUUGAGUUCACAAUUUGCCUAAUUUUGGCAUUGAUGUACAUCGGUGUAUAAAUGUAUAUUUCUUAUGUGGCCAUGAAUAAAUUAUGAUAUACAAAUA